AUGAAGUGGAUCCACGCUAUUUCCGCCUUCGUGGUGAUGUUCGCCACCAUGUCCGCUCUUUAUAACACUUGGCUUCCAACAAACUACAAAUUCGACAAACACGUUUUGCAAGAAUUGAGUAAGCAAGUUAUCGCCAACCAUCCCGAUGGAAAUGCAACCGCCAUAAUGAACGAGCUCGCUCCCAGGAUCAAGGAGGCGUACCCUGGUCUCAUCAAUGACCUCAAUUACGACGAAUGGGUAUACAACAAUGCUGGUGGUGCCAUGGGAACCAUGUUCAUUUUGCACGCAUCCAUCUCCGAGUAUCUCAUUUUCUUUGGCACAGCUGUUGGUACCGAAGGACAUACUGGGGUUCAUUUUGCAGACGAUUACUUUACCAUUUUGACGGGGGAACAAAGGGCGGCCUUACCUGGAGCACUCACUCCGGAAAUCUAUUAUCCUGGAGAUAUGCACCACCUCAAAAAAGGUUACACUAAACAGUACCUGAUGCCAUCAGGAGCGUUUGCGCUCGAAUUGGCUCAAGGCUGGAUUCCCGCAAUGCUUCCAUUUGGCUUUUUAGACACCUUAUCGUCAACUCUUGACUUUUAUACUUUUGGUCUUACGGUGUGGUAUACCGCCCGGGAUAUGAUAAAACACUUGCUCCGGGGCAAGUUCUAG